AUGCAUCCUGGCUUAAGCAUCCUGUUCUUUGCUCUGUCGGCAGCCGCCAAGAACACGACGAUUGGACUGGAGACGACGGAAGAGGGCAGCAAAUCAGUGACGGUGCCGAUGGAUGAUUGUCAUAAUCUGGGCGAUUACGAGGUGUUGACGGUCUCGGUCAAGACGCCGUGUCGCUUCUUCACGGGGGCAUUGACUAAACGAGAGCGCACGGGGUACAUCGAUGCGGUGUUCUGCAUGCGAAAGCUGCCGUCGGUCCUACCCGGUGAUAAGUAUCCAGGCGUGAAGGACCGAUUCGACGACUUCGUCGCAACGCACAUCAAUUACACCUCGAACAUCCACAACGACGGUCUCCUCCUCCCCUGGCACCGACACUUCUUGUACCUCUUCGAGAAGGCCUUGCGCGAUGAAUGUGGAUACACUGGCCACCUGCCGUACUGGGACUGGUCGCGCUAUGACAAUGUCAAUCUCACGCACACGGCCCUCUUCGACAACAGCCCCACCUCGCUCUCCGGCGACGGCGCCUACAACCCCAACGAACAGACCAUCUGCACCCCAGAAGGCUGCAUGGGCCGCGGGACCGGCGGCGGAUGCGUGACGGGCGGCCCCUUCGCCGACUGGCCCACGCAUCUGGGCCCCUUCCAGCUCGUCAGCCUGGACCAGCUAUACCGACCGCUCUCGCAGGACGCCUUCCGCUACAACCCGCGGUGUCUGCAGCGCAGCUUCAACCAGGUGCUGCUGCGGCGCUACACCAACGGAUCCGUCGUGCAGGACAUGCUGCGCUCGCGCACCAUCUCGGAGCUUCUGCGCGUGCUCGAUCCCAGCGUGGCCGGGCAGGUCGGUGCGCAUCCGGCCGGCCAUAUCGCCUUGGGCCCGACGAUGACGGACGUGUUCUCGUCGGUGCAGGACCCGGUGUUCUUUCUGCAUCAUGGUAUGGUGGACCGGAUCUGGACGCUGUGGCAGGACCAGGGCAUUGAGCGGCGGUAUGCGCUGAACGGGACGGGUUGGAUCUACGAUCCGCCAUGGGCGCCGUUGCUGACGCUCGACACGGAGGUGGAGUUUGGGAUUCUGGAUCGGGCAAGGAAGAUCCGGGAGUUGAUGGAUCCGCGAGCGGGGGAUUAUUGCUAUUUCUAUGUAUAA